CUAUAUACGGACUGGCAACUCAACGACGCUCUCAUAAGAAAAUACUUGUCUAGGUCUCUCAGUCGCCCCCUGGACAUUGCAAAGUAGAGGCUGUUAAUCUGAAGUGCUCCGGCCGAGACCCCACGUAACCAGCAUGACGGGAAGCGCGGCGAGAGGCGGUCAGGAGGACAAGGCCGCGGGUCGCUUGCUAAGACCGGCCAGCGAAGUGGAGAGUUUUUUCGAGACUUUCCAGACCCAAGGGACGUUCCUCACCGCCUACUGGAUCACACUUCGCACGGCCGAGCCCCUGCAGGAGGCCAGCGUCGGGCUAGCGCUCCGCCAUUUGUUCAGGAAGGUGCCGCCCCUAAGGACGUGUUUCCGCAAGCGAGGCGACUGCAUGUGGCUGUGCGAGAUGGACGAGGAGGCCGUCGACUUCCAGGUCGAGGAGGAGGCGGACCCCAAGCGAGUGAUGGAGGACCUGAUGAGCCAGAGCUACGCCUCGCACGAGGGCCCCCUGUGGCGUGCCAGGCUGGUGCGCGGUGCCGCCGGCGAGGACUGUCCCCUGGAGGAGGUGCGGGCGUCCUUCCCUCACACGAGCCACCUUGUCCUCGGGAACCAUCACGGCAUCGCCGACGGAACCUCCAACGCCAGGACCUACAACCUCCUGCUCAGGAUCCUCGAUGACGUCAUCGCCGGCAGGCCUAUCGACGACCAGGAGCAGCUGGGCGAGAUGGUCGUCCAGGAGGAGUUCAAAGCGAUGGUCAGCGCCAAACUGCGUGAGCUUCAGAAGGACCCCGAAAACCUCCAGCGCUUGGUAGAGGAGAAAAAGAAAGUCAUGACAAGCGUCCCCCUCCUGCUUCAGUGUUACCCGUCGGUCCAGGGAACAGAAAGGAAAACUGAACUCAUCUUUGAGGAACUGGACGAAGACACGACGCACAGGUUCUUCCACAGAUGCAAGAGUGAGGGCGUGUCCGUUGGAAGCGCCUUCACAGCGCUCAUAAACGGAGCAACCAUCGACCUGGCCAAGAAGGCCGGCCGCACGGACCAAACGUUCACACUGAACGAGUCACAUGCGUUGGACGUGCGCCGGUUCCUCUCCGGCGACGCUUCGAGGCACCUCGGUGUCCACAUCACGGUUCUCCAUAACGCCGUCGAGGCCCCAGCGGCGUGGCGGGAGUCCUUCUGGGACUACGCAAGGACACUCCACCGCAGCCUCCACACCAACCUCAGUCAAGACGGGCAUCUCCUUGAAAGUUGUAUUAGAGAGGCGUCAGUGUCUACAGAUGACGUAGGCAAAGCCACAUCCCUAUUUCCUCCUCCCUAUGAAGACUCCGUGUGUACAAAUAUGAGGAACCUAGACGCUGUCUGCUCGGACGUCGCCGGGGAACACGUCCAGGCCACACGGAUACUCAGGGGCGCCUCCAACUACACGUCAGCACAUUUCUUCCACACUUUCCGCAGGAGAUUCCUCUACAGCCUUUGUUCCUCUGCACACAUCCUCCCGAGGGACGCCGCCAAGGCCCUCACUCGAGCCAUCUUCGACAACUUGCGUUCUCUCGUGUGAAAUUGUAGCCCUUUCGUGUUCUAAGACAUCAUAUGUACUAAAUCGGGAAUUCAAUUUAGGCAAUUUUACAUCAACCCUUCAUGAAAGAAAUUCAGCAUAUGAAUUGGUACUGACAUGACAUUAUUUUGUCGCCGUCUGUGUAUGUGCCUUUCAGUAUGCGAUAAUUUUGCCACUUUGCAUACAUGAUUACUCACUGUACACGAUGUACCUUUUGACAUUCAAAUUCAGGUAAUAAAAACAUUCUUUAUCAU